AUGACACGCCCGCCGGCUAUCCCGACGGUCUCAGUCUCGAUCCCACCAUCAUUCCACGCCAAGAAAUCCCAGAUCCUCCGCUCGCUGAACCAGCCGACCGAUUCAUACACGGACAAUUCGCCCAAAGGAACAGUGGACGCACAGAUCCGCGAUCUGAUUGACGAGAUCAAUGCCUACGAGGGAUUCGUGACGACGAGUUCGUGUGCGGGACGGGUCGCUGUGUUUGUGGAGGGGCCCAGAACGACACCGGGCAAGGGUGAGGGCAAGGCGAAAGGGACCAGGACGAGCACAACCACAGGCGGUGAUGACUCGGUGGUUGGAGGGGAUGAUGAAGCGCAAGUGUGGCAUUCCCAGGACGACGGAAGGGGAGGCGAUCCGGAUCUGGGCAGCCACGAUGACGAUGAUGGACGGAAUGUGCCUGUGCCUAUCGUUGUUGCCGGUGGAGAUGGGGGUUCAGGGGUUGGAGUGGCCAGCGCGACUACGAAAGCACCCGCCGCCACCGCCGCUCCGACGACGACGGCGACGACAUCACCCGGCGGCAAGGGCGGAGGACGAUGGCUCUUCGUGUCGCAUGAUCGGAUUGCCAUGCCGAGGUCGGGUCGUGGUAGCAGCACGACUACAACGACGCCGGGCACGCAAGGCGAUAAAGACCACGAUACGAUCCAUGGAGAUGGAGACUACUUCUCGAGACUGUUCAAUCUCGGUGGCGCAAGCCCCGGGACCACGUCCUCGCUGUCCGCGCCACCACGUCUAGUCCAUCUGACCUUCUCGCCCCUGAUCCUGCACAUCCACUGCGCGUCGCUUUUCCACGCUCGCCCUCUCCUCUCCGCGGCGAUCAACGCCGGGUUCCGCGAAUCGGGCGUGCAAUCCCUUCGCGUGCUCGAUCCGGCGGAGGCGGAUAAGGGCGUGAUGGUCGCGGUGCGGACUGCGGGAUUGGGGUUCGACACUGUGGUCGGACGCGUGGAAGGGCGUGAACUUGAAGGUGACGAUGGAGACGGAGAUACAGCCACACCCAGCCAGCAGCACGAUGAGACAUACGACGCAGAUGGAGAUACAGUACCGCAGCCCCAACACAGUGAGACGUACCGCAGGAUGGUAGGGGAGGAGUACUUGCGCAUGUGCGUCGAGGUGGUUAAUGAGCGGUUCGGGUGGAAUGAGGAGAGGAGGGAGCGCUUUCGGGCGGAAUUGAAGAGGGCGAUGGAACGGGAGGGGGAGGGCCUGGUAGACACAGGCUGGGAGGACAAAGAGGCCAGGAGAAGGCGGAAGAGGGAGGAAGGAUUGGCGAGGCAGAUGAGGACGAAAGAGGGAGAGAAGAAAAACGGUACGGAGGACGACGCGCCGACUUGGAGACAAAGAGGUUGA